AUGCACAUUGGUUUUCUUGGAUGGAAGCAACAUCCGCUCAACACGCCAGCUGACCGGGUGCUUGACAGAGAGGCACUGGGACCCAUCCUAAUAGCUGAACUGACAUGUCAUGAGGACGGCAUCCUUCUGAGUGUUUACAGCGUCCUGGUGAAGAUUCUUAAUGAGAAUGAUAAUUCACCUGUGUUUGCAGAAAACACAGUCCAGACUCUUAUUAUCAGUGAGCUGACUGCAGUGAAUACUGUGGUAUUUACUGUCCAGGCCACAGAUGCCGAUAAUGACAACAUCAUUUACUCAAUUGACCAGGCAUCCCCUGAUGCAGAAUAUUUCAAAAUUGAUCGACCGAACAGUGGAGAGGUGGUUCUGUCCAAGCCUCUAGACUAUGAGACCAAAACUGUGCUUACUGUCACCAUCUAUGCCUCAGAAAUGAACACUGCUGAGCACUACAAUAUCAGCACCAGUAUCACCAUCACUGUCCAAGAUGGAGAUGACCAAUACCCACAGUUCCUGCCCUGCACGUGGCUUUUCCAGGAGGAGGCUAAUCAAAUCUGCACCAGCCCUGUGUACACGGUCAACGUCACUGAGGGGGAAGAGGACAUUUUGUUGGACUUUUCUCCUGGUCCCAUUCAUGCAGUGGAUGGAGACAGCGGACUCAACUCUUCACUGAGUUACGCCAUCCUGUCAGGAGAUGAUGAUGAACAUUUCACGAUGGACAGGCUGACAGGUGAGAUGAGGCUCACUCAAGGGGUGAGAGACAGGCUCAUAACUCCACUGCUGCGUCUUCAGGUCAUGGCAUAUCAGGAUAAUGACCCCAGGAAGUAUUCUGUUGCUACAGUGUUGGUCCGAGUUCUGGCAGCGAACCAGUUUUCUCCAGAGUUUGACAAGGCUGAAUAUCGUGGCUUUGUAGUGGCAGGAAGAAGUCCAGCCUCUCUGGUCGAUACUUACGGCAGCAAAGCACUAGUGCUACAUGUACACGACCAAGAUUUUAACCAAGGUUUCAAUCCCAUGAUCUACUUCACCUUCAAUCCCACAUCCAAUCACACAGACAUCUAUCAAGUCACACAGGAGGGUCUCCUGAUAGCCAAGACCAGCGAACUCAAACCAGAACAGGAAUAUGUUCUGGAGGUUAUGGCUGUAGAUCAGGAAUCAGGUGAUGCCACAUUUGCUACCGUAGUUGUGGAGGUGUUACCUGAAGGGCAACCAAUCCCCUUUGGUCCACUGCGAGGUGAUCACGUGAUCGGCUGCACAGUGGGUAAAGCGUUGUUUCUGUGCAUGGUGUUUUUGACUGCACUCGGAUGUGUCAUGUCUGUACUGAUGUGGCUGAAGAAGAAACAGAAGGGAAAGAGAGGCCCAUUGGAGAGAGGCUGUGUAGCACAAGGCAAACACCCCAAUGUCAGCUUACGGUGGUUCCAGCUGAUGAGUCAUCAUAAUACUAUGUCACAAAUGGAGGAAGUACCCUACAGCAGUGAAGAAUAUGGAACUUACAAUCCUUCCUUCAGCUUUACUGAAAACCCAGGAAUCUACACCCAACAAGGAUGUACCGCCUGCCAAGAACCCACCCCACCCACAGAUACAGCUGUACCUGACACCAGCUCCAUCCCUAUUGAAACUGUAACCUUCAACAAUAAUGUUUCUACACCAACCAACAUAUCUUGCAUUUCACCCACUUUUACAGCUCCUGCAAAUGUGAGCCCAACAGAUAAAACUCAGGGUGCUGCUCCACCCAACGAAACCCCUGGUAUCCCACCGGAAUUAAACCCGGAGUCUAUCGAGGAACAAUCUAACAUUAGCCCAAGCCCUGAAACCCAUGAUGCUGAUACAACUCCACCUGUAACAUGCCCGGAUAUGCAAACAGGCUCCAAUGAUGAUCUUGUUGACCCAACAACUAGCCCCUCCUCUCAAUCCAGUAUUCCAUUCAGUCGUACCCGAAUCGCUUCAGCAGAAAUUGACAAACCCUUUCGUAAAUCUCGUGUGAAGACGCCCUCAUAUUCGCCUUUAUUGUCCACAUCCAUCCCCAGGCAGACAAGCACACCCCCACCCACCCCAGAGGAUGUCCCUUUAAAAGCCACAUUGGUACAUAUAGAGACCUCUCCCACUGAGACGCCACCAGAAACACCAGAGCGAACGGCGGUAGCUCUGAGCACAGAGGUGUACCAACCCUCUACGUCACUGGAUGAAAUAGAAUCAGAGCGUGGCGACGGGACAGCAGACGGCAACAGUCAUCCUGAGGAAAGAAGGGCAUCGACAAACUCGGGAAACACCCAAGAUGACUGCGGGGUGGGGGAGGAUGAUGAUGGUUUUCUGGGAGAUGAAGAUGCAGACAAGAACAGUGAGUGUGAGGGCGCUGAGAGUGACUGGGCGGGCGACAGAAGAUGGAGCAGGUAAGACGAAGAUGGAGAAACCAUGGAGAAAGAAAGAAGCACUAAAGGCUGGCUCUGCUGUUCUGAAGGCAUAAAUGAAGACUGGGUGUAUACACAGCGCACUUGAAGGGCCACGUCAAAAAAGGCCUGCAUGCGUUUGCACUAAUAAGCUACAACAUUAAAACCAAAGUGCAAUGUUCUCCUUGGAAAUCCUGAGUCCUGUUGCUUUGACGGUGCCACUCACCCAAAUAGUUGCAUAGCUGCAGAUUAAGGAAACCUAUCCAGUGAGAUGGCACUCCCCAGCAGCAGUGGGCUCCCUAAGCAGAAUGAUGCUCACAGAGGCUCCCACAAACAUGACAAAGAGGCUAAGUUAAUGACUUGGACUCUUCACAUACUAAUCUUACUGAACAUCCUUGACGUACCGAAGACCUAGAGUCACUUUUUCUGAAUAAUGUUUUAGUAACACAAGAGGAACUUCUAUGAUAUUUUGACACAUGGUUUUAAAGUUGUGGCUUAUUAGUCUAUAUGUAAAACAACAUGUAACGUGUAACAUGUAGCAUGAAAUACACCAUGCUGAUUCAUUCAUAACACAUACAUUAGUCAUAGUCGAAAUAAGAUAAUAAGGAUACCAUGAAAAUGCAAUACAAAUAAAGAACACACUGUUUUAAAACAAAUAUAUGCAUAAAUUGAGAUUUUGUUUUCCAAAUAUUUCACGCUAACAACAGAACCAAAUAUACAAGCUUAUCCUGAAUAACUUGAUUGCUUGUGAAAUAUAUUUCAAAAAGGAAAAUGUACACAAAUCUCAGUGAAACGUGCUGCUAAAAUUGCAUCCAGACUGAAUAUGGGGGGUCGGUGGUGUUGCUGUGGGUGUACUAUUAACCAGCAAAACACUUGCUUUAAUAUCAGAGGACUAUAUAAGCCUUUAACAUUUAAAUCCACAGGGAUAAAUGCAGCUGCAGUUUAUGAACAUGUUGUGGCAAAGAGCACAACACACACUUGAUGAUGAUCGUUUGUCAGUAAUCAGAAUGUUCAAAGGGAUAAUCACAGCAAAUGUCUGAUUUUCUGACCACAUUCCAGUCAGUGACGUCUUUUUGCAGCUGUUAAAACCCCAGCAGCUGCCAUCACAUGACACGAGUACAAAAUCUACAUUUAAAGUCACAGUACAAAGCACAGCCACAUUUGAAUGGCCACUUACCCGUGCAUUUAAGGUUCCACGGCAUUAUUAUUUAUGAUGAGAAGAGAUUUACACUUAUGAAUGU